AUGAACUACGAUGAAGGCGAAUCAGUUUUCCUUGAUGAAAACGAUAUCAUCGGGGAAAUUCCGAUUGAUGAAGAAGAGCUUCCUGACGCAGAUGACAUUGACGGUUCUGAUGCUGAAAUUUCGGAUGGACCUGAUGACGCAGUUCACAUAUUUCAGGGUCAUGCUGAUGAAGUCUUCACUGUUGCAUGCAGUCCAACUGAUCGUAAUUUAGUGGCUACAGGUGGUAAAGAUGACAUAGGGUUUCUCUGGAACAUUUGUCAGGGAGAUUGGGCUUUUAAGUUAAAAGGUCAUAGUAAUUCGGUUUCUACUUUAGGAUUCAGCUUUGAUGGUCAAUUACUUGCAUCCGGAAGCUUUGAUGGACUAGUGAAAGUCUGGGACAUAUCGUACCAGAAUGUGACAUGCAAAACCUUAGAUUGCAGAGGACAGCCUAUUAAGUGGGUUAAGUGGCAUCCAAGAGGACAUUUGGUCUUGACGGGUUCCGAGGAUUCCUCUGUAUUCUUGUGGAAUGCUGACAGUGAGGUUCUCCUUAACAUGUUUUUUGCGCAUAAUACCACCGUUACCUGUGGCGAUUUCACCCCAGAUGGUAAAACCAUUUGCAUUGGCUAUAAGGAUGCCACUUUAAGGAUAUGGAACCCGAAAGUUGGAGGAAUUAUCCAUGUUGUUGAAGGAUAUACUUAUCACACUGAGGGAUUGACAUGCUUGAGUUUAAGUUCUGAUUCCACCCUUGCUCUUACCGGUUCAAGUGACAGCUCUGUUCAUCUAGUGAACUUAAGAACAGGAAAGGUUGUCGGUUCACUGACUAAUCAUUCUGAUUCUGUUGAAUGCGUGGGGUUUGCUUCAUCAAGCUUUCCAUGGGCCGCAUCAGGGGGCAUGGAUGAGAAGCUUGUCGUGUGGGAUCUUCAGUAUCAGAGCGCUCGAUGCACCUAUAAACAUGCGGUUAAAAUUAAUUUAUCACCAUUUGUUUAAUUUUUUAAUAAAUUCAUGCUACCAUUCUUUUAACUUACAUUUCUGUUUUUAUUUGGCAGAAAGGAGUUUUAUGCAUGUCCUGGCUGGGUGCAUCGAGGUAUUUAGCUACAGGUGGUGUUGAUGGUAAAGUUCGAAUAUGGGAUAGUCUUUCUGGAGAUUGUGUGAGAACCUUCAGCGGUCAUAGUGGAGCGAUCCAAUCCCUUGCUGUGUCUGCCAGCGGAGAUUUCUUGGUUUCAGUUUCAAAUGAUAACUCUGCCCGUGUCUUUGAAAUCUCUGGAUUUUGCUCUUAAACAGAUCCUUUCGGCAGAUGCAGGGCUGACCUUCAGGGAAUUUAAGACCAGUCUUUUUUAGGUUGCAAACCAUAAAAAGAAAAGAACAUUGCAGUCAAGAAAUGAAUUCCCUUGAUUAUUAUCUGGGUAAGUUAUUGGCUUUGUAG